AUGUGUGCCAUUCAGCCGCUGCGGAUGUCUGUACAUGAGCGGAUCAACGCCGCUGCUGAAGAUGUUCUACGGCAGCUGGAAAAAAGAGAGAAAGCAGCUGAUCUCUUGGCACCGAGAGCUCUGAUCACCAAGCGGCUAAUUGUUGCUGCAGACGAGGUCGUUGGUCUGUUUGAAAAAGCAGUGGUGGAGUACGAAGACAGAGUGCAGCGGUUACAACAGGAGAUCUGCCGCCAGAAGAGGCUGCUUGAAGCCGUGCUGAAGCCCCAAGUCACUCUGCAAAAAGCAGAUAUCCAGACAGAAACAAGCUCCUGUCUGGACCGGGAGGAUCUUCAGGGCCCAAAGCCCCCACAUAUUAAAGAAGAGCAGGAGCAAUUCUGGACCAGUCCGGACAGAGAGCAGCUUCAACACUUUCAGGAUAAUAUUACUAAGCUCACAUUCAGCCCUGUGCCUGUUAACAGUGAAGAUGAUGAAGAAAAGCCCCAGUCCUCACAGCUUCAUCACAGCCAGACCAAGGAGAACAGAGACUCUUUGGGAGGACUAAAACAAAUCAGGACCUCAGACCCACAAUUAAUUUUACAGCCAGUUAGUGAGGACACUUCUCCUGACUUUGCUGAAACAGAUGAUAGUGACUGUGAUUGGAUAGAAAAAAAUGAAGUUCAGUCAGGUGUAGAGGAUAUUCAGAACAGUGAAGUUCCUGAGAGGGAUACAGGAUCUUCUGUGAAGGAGCAACCCUUUCCUUGCUCAUAUUGUGGUAAAAGAUUCAGCCUUAAAGGAAAUCUGAAUAGACACAUAAGAGACCACACAGGGGAGAGACCUUUCCCCUGCACAGAUUGUGAUAAAUCGUUUAAAGACAGUGGAUCUUUAACUGCUCAUAUGAGGUGUCACACUGGAGAGCAGCCAUACAGCUGCUUGUUCUGUGGAAAGAAUUUUAGCGGGAGGGGAAAUAUGACCAGGCACAUGAGGAUCCACACAGGAGAAAAGCCUUUUACAUGCUCAGUGUGCAAUAAAAGCUUCCAUGUAAAGGAACAUUUAAGUCGACAUAUAAAAUAUCACACAGGGGAAAAACCAUUCACCUGCUCUGUCUGUGGCAAAGGCUGCGCUCAAAAAACCGACUUGAAGAAACACAUGAGAGUUCACACGGGAGAAAAACCGUUCAGCUGCUCUUUUUGCGGAAAGGGCUGCGCUGAAAAAGGAGACUUGACCAAACACAUGCGAGUCCACACAGGCGAGAAACCGUUCAGCUGCAACAUCUGCGGCAAAAGCUGUGCCCAAAAAGGAAGCUUAAAGAUCCACAUGAGAGUUCAUACGGGAGAAAAACCAUUUAGUUGCUCAGUAUGUGGAAAAUGCUUCUCUGUAACUGGACAUCUAAAGAGACACAUGAAGUUGCACUCUACUGAAAAUCAGCUCAAAGAGUCUGCAGAUUUGCAUUUAACUAAAGCACAAAGUAAACACUAAUGACUCAGGAAAUGUAUUAUGAUGUGUUUAUCCUUCAUCUUUCAGUCUGUGGUGAUUCAUGAUGCAGUCAACUAUUGUGUAGCUUGUCAGGCUCACAUUGCGGGUGAUGAACUGUUGUGUGAAGGCUCUUAUACACCAAGCUGACAUCAAGAACCAACAGCAAUGAAAAGGUCCUUGCUGGGUCUCUUGUAUCACUGGCAUCUCUGCAAACAGAUAGCAUCCAAACGUAUCACAGAGGCUACUUCAAGCUGUGAGCUACUUAUGUAAGAGUACAUAAAUCUAUUUAUAGUCACCAACAAGGAAAACUGGGUGAUCCUGUUUAUAGGGAAAAAAGUAGUUUUUGUUUAUUAUCACACAGAUGUUUUGUGGUCACUUAUGUGUUUAGUUUGGGGAUAUGGUUAGCGAGAACUUUGCUGCAAGGCUGUUGGCAGAGCUUGGAUUUUUGGUUGUAGAAAAAAUAGAUACAAUAAAUAAUGAGAAAUGAAUCUGAAGUGGGUGAAAUCAUGGAUUCUGAAUCAGAUUAAGCUCCAUUAAUAAGAUGAAAAAACAUUAAAGUGAUCUGAUAGUGCAGAUGUUUCAAAGGAGGCCUCC